CCUAAACCGAGUUGUAGUAUAGGUUAGGGUAAUCGAAAGUCAGCUAUUCUUGCAUUGCUUGCAUUCCAAGCUGCAAGUUGCCAUUGACGAGUGACUAGAAAAUUAUUUAUGCAGUUUUAGUAUGUGGGUUGCAACUGCUAGAGUUGGUGGGUCAGCGCGCGUGCGACAACCGUUUACCAUAAAAGUAAGGCAGGAACGAAAAUUAAGUGUAAAUCAGUAGAAGUUUUGUGUUUGUCGCGUCUUUGUAAGUUUAGAAUGGUAGUUACUCAUCUAUAUACAUAUAUGCAUAUAUAUAUACAUAUAUCUAUGCAUAUGCAUAUAUAAAGAAAGUGUAAGUGGGAAAAAGUUCUAAAUCUGCAUAAUAUAGAGGCUUAAAGAGGGCUCUAGUCGAUAUUGUGUUAAUCUAAAAAGGUGUUUAGUUUAGAUUCUAAAAAUCUGGGAGGUUGUAGGUCAAAUGCAUCGAACCGUGUAAAAGGGUAGUACAAUCGAUAAAGAAAAUAAUAUAACGGUAAGAUUUAGAACGCACGAAGAUUUGAGUUAUAAUCAACACUCGAUAGUCGUACAGAAGUUAUUUGAGUGCUGCAUUGUAUGCGCUUUGUGGGCGCGUAUGACAGGAGACGAGUGUAUUGUUCGAGUUACAUUUACUAAACUUAAGUGGACAAAACAGACAAACAGAUGAAGAUCAUGUCGGAUGACGAUGCUUUGGAUUCUGUGGACACAGAGGACACAGAAGAAGACAUUUUUAAUCCUCACAGUUUAAAAGGUCUAAGAACAUUAAGAUCUCAAACUAAUUCCAACCAGGACUUGGAUCAAAAUAGUUCAAUUGUUCGUCGUAGUACAAGAAAUAAAUCACAAACAUAUGAUAAUCUUAAUACUAGUUGGAUUUUUGGCACACAAACUUUGAAGGGAUAUCCAAUGUAUAAACAAAAUGGUUCUUCCUCGGAUAAAGAGAUGGUUGAUGAUACACCUCCUCGGUCAAGUAGACUUAGAAGACGAAUGCCAAUAAGGUCUCGAGAAAAUCAUCCUCCAAACAAAACACCUUCAAUACAUAUGAGAGAUCGUAAUAAUCAUAGUUCAAGUCGAGAGCUUAGGGUAAAACCACGACGACUUCGGGAACGUUCUAAUCGUAAUCGAGAAAUACAUGAAAGAUCUGAUCGAGACCGAGGACUUCGUGAACGGCCAGAUCAAGAUCGUGAACGUCGUGAAAAACCAGAACGACACAGAGAACUUAGAAAUAAACCACAAAUGAGUGAAAAAUCUGAUUAUGACCUUAGAGACAGAAAUGAUCAUGAUAUUGAUUUACGAGCUUUAAAAGAGAGGCAAGACAGAGAUAGAUUGGAUAGAGAUUUAAAAGACAAUAAAUCUGAUGUAAAAAAUAACUCUGAUGUAAAGACAGGAAAUGAAGAAAAGGAACCAAGAUCUAGAAAGUCAGAUAGUCCUUGUAGAUUACGGGAAGGACCUGUUACCAGAUUAAGUAACAGCUAUGCAGAAAAAGAUGAAAAAAUAAAGUCUGAACCAAAUAGAGAUGAUGAUGAUAAUUCUCAAGAAAGUGAGAAAGUUGAAAAUAAUGAUAAUUCAGAAAAUGAUGAAAAUGAUGGAUAUGAAGAUAUGUAUACAAGAAUUAAAAGGACCAGAAGAGCUUCACAAAGGCAAUUACAACAACGACAAAUUGCUGAGGAUAGUGAUAUGAGCGAAUCAUCUGAUACACCUAGUCCACGUAAAUAUAGUUUACGUCAAAAGAAACCUACUGUAGACAGAUUUCAAGCGAAUGUAGAACCAGUUCGAAGAUCAAUAAGAGCUUUUAGAAGUGUUCUUAGCAAUUCUAUGAGAAGGCGUAAACAUAGAAGUAAAAGUUCUAGUAGUAGUGAUUCAACUGACUCUGAACCACAACGCUACGAUAAAAAGAAAAGUAAAAAAUCUAGGCAAUCAUCAAUACCUCAAGGAGGUCCAACUGAUAAUAAGGCAGAUAUUAAUCCAAUUUCAGUAGACACAAAUAUAACUUUCAGCGAUGUUGGUGGUUUGGAAUCACAUAUACAUUGUCUAAAAGAAAUGGUUGUUUUUCCAAUGAUGUAUCCAGAUGUUUUUGAUCGAUUUCACAUAACACCCCCAAAAGGUGUACUAUUUCAUGGACCACCAGGUACUGGCAAAACUUUAAUAGCUAGAGCAUUAGCUAAUGAAUGUAGUCAAGGUAGUAAAAAGGUAGCAUUUUUUAUGCGAAAAGGAGCAGAUUGUUUAUCUAAAUGGGUUGGUGAAUCUGAACGACAAUUAAGAUUAUUAUUUGAACAAGCACAACAAAUGAAACCUUCAAUAAUAUUUUUUGAUGAAAUUGAUGGCUUGGCCCCUGUACGCAGUACGAAACAAGAUCAAAUUCAUGCUAGUAUUGUAUCAACACUUUUGGCAUUAAUGGAUGGUCUGAGUGAUAGAGGAGAGGUGAUUAUAAUUGGAGCAACAAAUCGAAUAGAUGCUAUAGAUCCUGCAUUAAGAAGGCCAGGUCGUUUUGAUCGCGAGCUGUUUUUUCCUCUGCCUGCUAAGAAGGAGAGAUUAGAAAUUUUUAAAAUUCAUGUUAAAAAAUGGAGUAAUCCACCUGAUGAUCAUUUAUUACAAUUGUUAGCUGAUAAAGCUACUGGUUAUUGUGGAUCAGAUUUAAAGGCACUUUGCACAGAAGCUGUAAUUCAAGGUUUAAAACGAACGUAUCCACAAAUUUAUUUGACUACUAAUCGUUUAUUGUUAAAUCCUGCACGCGUUGAAGUAAAAAAGACAGAUUUUAUAAGAGCGAGUUCUCUUUUGGUCCCUUCAUCCCAUAGAGUAACUCCAUGUGUUGGCAGAAGAUUAACACCAUUUAUAGAACCUCUUCUCGAAUCGUCAUUGCAGAAAUUACUUAUUACAAUAAAAAAAAUAUUUCCGCAGGGCACUAAUCAUGCACUUGCAAAAUCAAAAGUAUCAAAAGGUAUCUAUCGUCCACGACUUUUAAUUGCUGGCGGUAGUAUGGCUCGGAAUCAAGGACCGCAAUUAGCAAAAGCUAUUAUUUAUCAUAUGGAGCAUCUUCCAGUACAUACUUUAAAUGUUAGUACACUUUUUGCAGAAAGUGCAAGAUCUCCGGAAGAAACAUGUGUGCAGGUAUUUAACGAAGCUACUAGAAAUAUACCGUCCAUAAUUUAUAUAGCAGCAGUUGAUCAAUGGUGGCCCUUAGUACCAGAAACAGUUAAAGCAGUUUUCCUUUGUUGUAUUACAUCAUUGGUUCCAUCUAUACCUAUUUUAAUUCUCGCAACAAGUGAAGUCACUUAUGAAGAAUUACCAAUUCAGUUAAAAAAUCUAUUUAGUAAACUUCGGGGAGAAGUACACUUGAUUACUGGUACAAUAGAAGAACAGAGAACAAAAUUCUUUAGACCAGUUUUUACAGUACAAAGUUUACGACCACCUCAACUUCAGAAAAAGAAUAUUGAAAUAUUAGAAGAAUUACCACUAGCUCCAGAUCCUGAACCAAAGAAACUUACUACAGAAGAAAAAAAAGUUCUAUUUGAAAAAGAAGAAAUAUCAUUAAGAGAAUUGAGAAUAUUUUUGAGAGAAAUUUGUGCUAAACUAGCAAGGAAUAGACAGUUUUUUAUGUUUACAAAACCUGUAGAUACAGAAGAGGUUCCAGAUUAUAAUGAAAUUAUUGCACAACCUAUGGAUCUUGAAACAAUGAUGACAAAAAUCGAUAUGCAUUGUUAUUUAUGCGCUCGAGAUUUUUUAGAUGAUAUUGAUCUCAUUUGUCGAAACGCUUUAGAAUAUAAUCCAGAUAGCUUGCGUGAUAGGCCCUCCCUUGGAUUAAUGAAGAGGGAUCCAGCAGAUAAACUAAUCAGACAUCGAGCUUGUUCACUUCGUGACAAUGCUUAUGCUUUAAUUAAAGCUGAAUUGGAUUCAGAUUUUGAAGAUAAAUGUAGAGAAAUAUCGAAAAAUCGUAAAAUUCAACUUAACCUUAUACAUAAAAAAAAAGAGAGUCCCAAAAGUGAUUAUGGACAUCCUGGAGAAAAAGGGGAUAAGAGAGAAAGUAAUACAGGUAGUACUAUAAUGAUAAAUGGAAAGAAAUUUUCUAGUUCAAGAAAACGCAAAAUUCCAGCUUGGGCACGUGGAUAUGUUAAAAAAGUUCAUAAGAAGAAGAAAAUUUCCUUUGGAGAUAGUACAAAUAAUGAAAUCUGUGAAAACAAAACAGUCAUUACCUCUGAAACAUCUGGUCAAGGGAUUGAUCUAGAAAAGUUCCAAGAAUUUGAAUCAGAAGCCCAUAGUGUUCUCAAUGGUCAUGUACCUAUAUUUGAUAAUACCGAUACUGAUAAUGAAUCACAAAAUGAGUCGACAAAAAAUGCACAUACAAAUGUCAUUGAUGUUAACAUUGAUAAACACACGUUUGAAAAGAGAAACUAUACUAAAUUGGAAAACAUUGAUACAUUACUUGGAAAUAGUGAUAAAAUACCACAAAACAACAGCUCAUAUACACUAUCGAGAAAUGAAAGCCUCAAUGUUGAUGAUCUUUCGUUUGCUUUUGAUAGUGAUUCUAGUCUAAUAAAUGAUCCUGAAGAAAGUGACAAAGUAUUAAUUGAUAAAACCGAACUGGAGAAUAUAUUCAUGUACACAGUCAAAGCCACCAGCAAAUUUCCCAUUGAAUUGCUCUGCGAUACUUAUGUUCAAUUAAGCAGACGUGUUAGUCAGUAUAGUCAAACUUAUGAUAGAAAAGAGCUGCCAAAGGAUUUGUUGCAAGAUGUAAAACGAUUUGAACAAUAUAAUACUGUAGAAAAUGAAAGGUUCAUCAACGAUUAACAAAAUGAGUGCUUCAUAGUUCAUUUUUAUGAAUCCUUAGGAAAAUGAAACAAAUUUAUUCUGUCAUACUUAAUCACUGACAUUAUUUACUUGCAUUCAUGGAAAAAUCUGACAAUUAUUGCGACUGCCGAAUUUUCUAUGAAAAUUUAAAGUCGUUUGAAAUGCGAGGAUCAUUAUUUAACGAAGUUUGUUGCAUCAAUUUUAGACGUGAUACGUAUAUUUAAGAAAUAGGUGAAGGGUUUUCGUCUAUGAGUUAUUAACAGAAGUCAAGUAAAGUGAGAACUUACUGUGUUACAUGCAAAAGCUUAUUAUAUGAGAAUUAAUUUGCAUUUGUGGUCCUAUUAGAUAAAAUUGUUUGAUAUAUGUGUGAUGAAAUUAU